AACUUUUCCUUCUUCCUCUUCUUCCACCUCUUCAAAAGCUUGACCUCCUCACAGGUAGGUGCAGGAGAAGAAGAAGAAGAAGAGGGAUGGGGGUCCCUACUGUUGCUGAACUGAAGCAAAAUAGUUCAGUGAAGAGGGCAGUUAGACCAAGCAUGAAUGCCAGGCAUGCCAAUGAAUGGCCCCUCACAGAGUUUGCCAGUGAUCUCACCAUUGAAAUCGGUACAUCAUCCUUCCCACUCCAUAAGUUUCCACUGGUUUCUCGUAGCGGAAAGAUUCGAAAACUCCUAUCAGAAUCUGCAGAUCCAAAGCCGAUACGAAUACAUUUUCAGCAAAUUCCCGGUGGCGCUGAAGCAUUCGAGCUAGCCGCAAAAUUCUGUUAUGGAAUCAGCAUAGAAAUCACACUUGAAAAUGUCGCCAUGCUUCGCUGCGCAGCUCACUAUCUCCAAAUGACUGAAGAAUUCUCCGAAAGGAACUUGGAGCUUCGCACAGAGCUCUAUAUCAAGGAGUCAGUCAUCACGAGCAUCAGAAACUCGAUAACCGUUCUCCGGCAUUGUGAAACCCUCCUUCCGGUGGCUGAGGAGAUCAAUUUGGUGGGCAGAAUCAUCGCCUGCAUCACAUCAAAUGUCUGCAAGGAACAGCUGAGCUCAGGACUAUUGAAGCUUGAUCAAAGCCUUCAUGUAAAGAAAAUGGCAGCAGAGACUGAGCAGGCUUCAGAGUGGUGGGGAAAGUCAUUGGCUGUUCUAAACUUGGAUUUCUUUCAGCGAGUAAUGUCUGCAAUCAAGUCAAAAGGACUGAAACAAGACACAGUUAGUAAGAUAUUGAUCAAUUAUGCACAUAGUUCUCUGAAUGGGCUCAUCCUAAAGGAUAACAGAAGUUCGUCAGAUUCUGAAGCUCGGAAGAAGAGUAGGAUCAUGGUUGAGGCGAUUGUUGGCCUGCUCCCAACUCAGUCCAGGAAGAGUCCAGUUCCCAUGUCUUUCCUCUCUGGUCUGCUGAAGACUGCAGUAAUGGCUUCAGCUUCUCCAGUUUCUAAGGCAGACUUGGAGAGGAGAAUUGGGCUGCAGCUUGAUCAAGCUAUACUUGAAGAUAUUUUGAUUCCUGCAAACUCUAAUGGAGAUGGAAAUAACCAGUUGUAUGAUACUGAUUCUGUGAUGAGGAUAUUUUCAAUCUUCUUGAAUUUGGAAGGGGAGGAGGAGGAAGAAGAGGUUCAUUUCAGGGAGAGAGAUGGAAGCUAUGAAUAUGAUAGUCCUAGAUCUCCCAAGCAUAGCUUGCUACUUAGAAUUUCUAAAUUGAUGGAUAGCUAUCUUGCAGAGGUCUCCCUCGAUAUAAACUUGAAUGCGUCGAAGUUUAUUUCUCUUGCAGAGCUGCUUCCUGCUCAUGCUAGAUUGGUUACCGAUGGACUUUACAGAGCUGUGGAUAUCUUCCUGAAGGUUCAUCAAAACAUCAAGGAAUCCGAGAGAUACCGGCUCUGCAAGGCGAUCGACUGCCAGAAACUUUCUCAAGAGGCUUGCAGCCAUGCUGCUCAGAAUGAACGACUGCCAAUCCAAAUGGCGGGACCACGCCUGCCAAUCCAAAUGGCGGUACAAGUCCUCUACUUCGAGCAAAUAAGGCUUCGAAAUGCCAUGAAUGGAAGUCAUGAUAACCUCUUCUUUGGACCUGUAAACAGCAAAUUUCCCCACAGAUCAGGAAGUGGAGUAGGAAGCGGAGCGAUAUCGCCGAGAGACAACUAUGCUUCAGUGAGAAGAGAGAAUAGGGAACUGAAGCUUGAGGUUGCCAGAAUGAGAAUGAGACUUACAGACUUGGAGAAGGACCAUGUCUCAAUGAAACAGGAGCUGGUUAGAGCAAAUCCAGCCAACAAAAUAUUGAGAUCUUUUGCUAAGAAGCUGAACAAGCUGAAUUCAUUGUUCAGGUUGAGUGCUAUUAGACCACUAAAUCCAAAGACUACUCACGAUGCCAGAUUGCUUCUUCAUAAAAGGCGCCGACAUUCCAUCUCCUGAGCUUCCAAGGAUUGUUUGAAGUAACAGCAGGUGUGUGACCAUAUUAUUUUUUAUUUUGUUUUUGGUUUGUGAAUUAGAUGGAUCUGAUUCAGUGGUUUGUUUGUAAAUGAGAAGCUUUAUUUGGUCUUUUAAAUGGGAAUUAAUGUGCAUAUCAAUUGCCCUUUGAGAAAGAUGUAAAUGAUGAAUCUAUAUGAAAUAAUGGAUUUCGUUGAUUGUUUUCAUUGCAAUAUUAGACUUACUUAGAGUUGACUGAAUAUGAAGGCUCAAGUAUUGAUGGUAAGAAUUUAUCUAACAAUAAUCAAAAUUUGCACAACAAGAAACGUGAGUCAAACAAAUACCCUAAUUUCUUGUUCCGCUUAAACUGUUUGAACCUUAUCCGCUUGAAUCAGAGUUGGUUAAGAGUUCUUAGGGCUGUAUGGUUUGCUGAAAAAUGAAUAAAGCAAAAAAGGAAUGCAAUGUAUUUGGAAUAUUUUAAAAUUAUUUGGCCGUGUAAAAUA